AUGUUGAAGUUCUGUGGAAAGCCUCUCACAGAAGAUGAGCUACUUGAGAAGACUCUCUCCACCAUUCCCGUCUCAGCAAUUGUGAUAUCAAAGCAAUUUCGCACAGAAGUCAAUGCUGGACGAAUUACAAGGUUUAAUGAGCUUAUUAAUAUUUUGUCGGUAUCUGAAAAGUACGACAACAUCCUUGUAAAGAAUUAUAAUUCUAGGCCCAUAGGAACCAAGAGCGUCCGUGAGGCAAAUUAUAAUGCACCCAAAAAGGGGCGCAAGCAGCAAAACCCUAAUAAUAAGGGACAAGAAAGGCGUACGGGCCCAUAUAACCACCCCAAUAAAGAGAGAAACCGCAACUUUAAAGCGGACACUCGUGGUGGCAACUUCACACGUGGUGGUAACUCCACACGUGGCAACUUCACACGUGGUGGCAACUCCACACGUGGGAGAGGAGGCAACCAUAAUGACGUGUGUCAUAGAUGCGGAUCAAUCGAGCAUUGGUUCAAACAAUGCCAUGCAAGUACUAAACUAGCUGCAAGCUACAAAGAGUAUAGGCAAAACAGGGAGCAAGAAUCCAACCUUGCCGAAAAUGAAGAUAGUGAAGAUGUCAAUCUCACAAUAGAGGACUUCAAAGCUGAACAAAUGCACGAGGAUGCAGCAGACUUUGAUUAG